CCCUUCGCACGCGUCGCACCCAAAAAAUUCAAUCAAAAAACUGCAACCAAGCGGCUCGCAUUCGAGAUUGCAUUCGUUUCGUUUUUUCGGUCUCCCCGAUUUACUCGAUUUAAUUUUGAUUGACUAAACGUAUAUUAAGGAAAAUUUGACCCGGCAGUUAUCGUUGAAGCAAACGCACAGGAAGUUGAACAGUAAAACAAUCGCAAUGGGCGAAAACGAUAUAUCGAAAAUGAAGGUCGCUGAUCUCAAGAAGGAGCUUAAGAAUCGAGGUCUCAGUACCCUUGGAAACAAGAAUGAGUUAGUAGAUCGACUUCAGGCGGCUAUUGUUGACGGUGUUGAUGCUCUUGAGGAUACGGCAAAUUCGGAAGAUCUUCUAGAUGACGAUGAACUCAAUGAUGACAUCCUCGAGGAAGAAGACGACAAGCUGAAGGACAACACGGCUGAGGAAGAUCAGAUUUUGAAAUCUCCGACUCCCAGUAGUAUGGCCUCGAAAUCGGAAUCUCCGGAUCAGCCGAAACUGGACGCUCUGAAGGAUGGAUUGGAGUUGGAGGAGAAAGGAAAGACUCUUAUCCUACCACCGAAAAAGGUGGCCCUGAAGCGAAAUAUUUCGAUUUCGGUGCCAACUCCUGCUGUUGUUACAACGGCCACUGAAACUGUUCUGGCUGAUUCCAAGUCAGAUUCAGAUGGGGGUACCAAUAAUGGAACCACCCCAUCAACCGAUGAACCUCAGCGGAAGGUCAUCAAGCUGACAGAGCUGUCUGCUCAGGAAAGAUUGGAAUUGCGUGCUAAAAAGUUUGGUCCACAAAGUGCCGAGGCACAGGACGCUAAACUGCAGGCUCGGGCGGCCAGAUUUGGAAUCGGUGGAGGGGCAGCGACGACCACAACGGGUUCCGCAGUUAAAACAAGCGACACAAGCAGCCUGGUUUCGGCAGAAGCCCUCAAAAAGCGAGCCGAACGAUUCGGUGUUAGCGUUUCCGAUAAAAUGGUAAAGCUGGAACAGGAUGAGAAGCUGAUCAAGCGACAGCAACGAUUCGGUGGAUCGGCCACGGCAAACGCAGUAACGUUGCCAACCACGACGACUACCGGAAAGAUUGCCAUCACCGCGAGCAGCACUGACGACAGCAGUAGCGCCGCAAGCACAAAACCAGACUAUGCCGAAAAGGCUCGCCUUCGGCUGGAACGGUUCAAGAAUGCCGCUUAGGACAUUAUUAUCAUGUUGUAUAAGAUUAUUUUCAUCUUAAAGCUGUUUCCCCCUAACUUUCAAACAAAAGGGAAGCAAAAUCCCGGUAGAAGCCUAUUUACUCCAUACUCUGUAAUUACUGCGCAUAAUCCAAGAUUACUCGAGAGGGGUCCAGAAUCCUGGCGCCAUCAAAGUGUUUGGGAAGCGGCCCCUAAUGAAAACUAGCAGCAAAUGAAUAAUCAAUCUGUUUUUACUUUCUUUGUAUUUACUGGAACAACCUACUAAUAAUAUACGAAUAGAAAUAACCUACUAUCAACAACCUUUUUAGUGAACGAAAUUAACAACACAUUUGUGUGAAACUCUUCUCAUUAUAUAAGUACACAACAAACUCGUGUGUAGUCUAUCCGAUGGAAGUACCUACUGUAGUAAGGAAUUUUGAUUGAUUGAAACAAAAACCAAUAAAACACAACCAAGUGGA